CUCCCAUUUUAUGGUGUACCCCCAUUGGCCAAUCACGUUCCGGAGGAGGCGGGACCGCUGUGGGCCUGGUUUUCAGGUUUGGUUGCUGAGAAAUCACCAAAUCAACCUGCUGUCUGAGGUGACCCGACUGCCGAUCGGACGAGAGAGACCACACACACACACACAACCACACCUCUUGUUCAAGCAGACGUCUCUACUGGAUGUUUUUUUUUUUUUUUUUGGGAUGCUAUUUGCAAGCGGAGAAACUUUUUCUUUUUGAUUUUUUUUUCUUCCCAUUUUUUUUAAACGGGAUGGAUUUUGAAAAAUCACAACUCUGGUGUGCAUUCGUGUUUUUGCUGUGGGGAUCUUUUUAAAGUGGAGCUAAUCAAGUUCUGAGUGUGUGUGUGUGGGGAGGGGGACAGACUGCUUUCUUCUGGAAGGGAACUGACUUGGAAGAGCCAGCCAGCAUGGACCAAGCCAGCGGUGGGGAGGAUCCCAAUAAGCCCUCCAAAAAGAAGUCCAGCGAGGAUGAGGGUAAAAACAAAAAACUGAACAUUCACAUAAAAACACUGGCUGAUGAUAUGCGUGAUCGUAUAACAAGUUUCAGGAAAACUGGGAUGAAGAAGGAGAAGCCUCUUAUCCAGCACCCGACCGAUCCCAUCUCUACCCAAGCCGAACUGCCCCUGCCCCAGCCUUUUUUUGACGAGAGAUCCAUGAACCUCUCAGAGAAAGAAAUAAUUGACCUCUUUGAGAAGAUGAUGGAGGACAUGAACCUCAACGAGGACCGUAAAGCCCCUCUGCGUGAAAAGGACUUGAGCACCAAGCGUGAGAUGGUGGUCCAGUACGUCUCCGCCGCUGCUAAAUCUAUAACUGGGAGCAAAGUUGCGGGUGGGCUACGAAACAGCAAGCAUGAGUGUACACUUUCAUCCCAGGAAUACGUCCAUGAGCUGCGCUCUGGCAUCACGGACGAAAAGCUGUUCAAUUGCCUGGAAUCCCUCAGAGUGUCUCUCACCAGUAACCCCGUCAGUUGGGUGAACAACUUCGGCCAUGAGGGUCUUGGCCUUCUACUGGAACAUCUGGAGAAGCUUCUGGACAAGAAACAGCAAGAGAAUAUUGAUAAACGCAACCAGUAUAAGCUCAUCCAGUGCUUAAAGGCUUUCAUGAACAAUAAGUAUGGGCUGCAAAGGAUCCUGGGAGAUGAACGGAGCUUGUUGCUGCUGGCAAGAACAAUCGACCCCAAACAGACCAACAUGAUGACGGAGAUUGUGAAAAUCCUCUCAGCUAUCUGUAUCAUUGGAGAAGAAAACAUUCUGGACAAAAUUCUGGCCGCCAUGACAAUUGCCGCAGAGAGGAACAAUAAAGAGAGGUUUGCUCCAAUCGUGGAGGGACUGGAGAACCACGAGGCCCAGCAGCUCCAGGUGGCCUGUAUGCAGCUGAUCAAUGCCCUGGUCACCUCGCCUGAUGACCUGGACUUCAGGAUACAUUUACGCAACGAGUUCCUCAGAUGCGGCUUAAAGAAGAUCCUGCCUGAGAUAAAAAAGACAGAAGAGCUGGACAUCCAGCUGAAGGUGUUCAACGAGAACAAAGAUGAAGACGCGAUUGAACUCUCCCAUCGCCUGGAAGACAUCCGUGCUGAGAUGGAUGAUAUGAAUGAGGUGUACCAUCUCCUGUCAAAUAUGGUGAAAGACACCUCCUCGGAGUCCUACUUUCUGUCAAUCCUUCAGCAUCUGUUGCUUAUCAGGAAUGACUAUUACAUCAGACCUCAGUACUACAAGGUGAUCGAAGAAUGCGUGUCGCAGGUGGUUCUGCAUCGCAGUGGGACGGACCCCGACUUUGGCUACAGCAGACGACUGGAUGUGGACUUCACCCAGCUUAUUGAUCAGUGUGUGGAUAAAGCCAAAGUUGAAGAGAGUGAGCAGAAGGCUGUAGAGUACUCCAAAAAGUUUGAUGAGGAGUUCAGCGCUCGACAGGAGGCCCAGGCCGAGUCUCAAAAAAAGGAGGAAAAGAUCAAGGAGCUGGAGUCAAAAAUACAAACUCUGGAGACCCAGAUUGCUGCAGGCCCAGCCGCACCUGGAGCCCCACCUCCUCCACCGCUACCAGGAGGUGCGGCGCCUCCCCCUCCGCCCCCUCCUCCUCCUCUACCUGGCGGCUGUCCUCCACCUCCCCCUCCUCCUCCUCUGCCCGGCCACGCCUCUAUUCCACCGCCGCCUCCGCCGCCGCCAGGUGGAGGACCCCCACCACCUCCGCCCCCUCCGGGUUGUGGGCCCCCGCCGCCUCCGCCUCCCUUUGGUGGCAUCGGUGGUCCUCCUCCACCUCCUGGAUUACCUGUAGUCAAGCUGCCUUACGGACUGGACCCAAAGAAGACUUACACUCCUGAAACGGUGAUGAAGAGGGUCAACUGGUCCAAGAUAGUGCCUCAGGAAAUGGCAGAGAAUUGCUUCUGGAUCAAAGUCAAAGAAGAGAAGUUUGAAAACCCUGACCUAUUUGCUCAGCUCUCCCUCUACUUCUCCUCAAAGAGUAAAGUGAAAAAAGAUGUGAGCGAUGAGACAGAUGACCGAGUGCCACAAUUCAAGAAGAAGGCAAAGGAACUUCGUAUCCUGGAUGCCAAGACAGCGCAGAAUCUGUCAAUUUUCCUGGGCUCGUUCCGCCUGCCUUAUGAAGAGAUCCGGGACAUUGUGCUGGAGGUAGACGAGGAAAGACUGAGUGAAUCACUCAUCCAGAACCUAAUAAAGAACUUGCCUGAGCAGAAAGAACUGAGUGCUCUAGCGGAACUAAAAGGGGAAUAUGAGGAGCUUGUGGAGUCAGAGCAGUUCGGCAUUGUGAUGAGUUCGGUAAAGCUGCUGCGGCCGCGUCUCAACGGCAUUCUGUUCAAGCUGACGUUCGAGGAGCAGGUGAACAACAUCCGGCCAGACAUCAUGAAUGUGACGUUCGCCUGCGAGGAGGUGAAGAAGAGCGAAGGCUUCAGCAAACUCCUGGAGCUCGUGUUGCUGGUUGGCAAUUACAUGAACGCCGGCUCAAGGAACGCGCAGACGUUCGGUUUCAACGUCAGCUUCCUGUGCAAGCUAAGAGACACUAAGUCCAUCAGUCACAGCACAACACUUCUCCAUUUCCUGGCUGAGAAGUGCGAAGAGAAUCACCCAGAGAUUCUGAAGUUUCCAGAUGAACUGGAGCACGUGGAGAGUGCCAGCAAAGUGUCGGCUGAAAUCCUGAAGGGAAGUCUGGCCACGAUGGAGCGGCAGAUCCAGAGGCUCGAGAACGACAUUGAGAACUUCCCCAAAAUGGACGAGCCCCAAGAUAAGUUUGUGGAAAAGAUGUCUGGAUUCUCCAAACAUUCCCGGGAGCAGUACGAGAAGCUGUCCAUCAUGCACAAGAACAUGCAGAAGCUGUACGAGAGCAUAGGCAGCUACUUCGCAUUCGACCCCCACUCCGUCAGCGUGGAGGACUUCUUCGGAGAGCUGGCCAACUUCCGCUUCCUCUUCUUGGAAGCCGUGAAGGAGAACCACAAGAAGAGGGAGAUGGAGGAGAAGAUCAAGAGAGCCAAGCUGGCGAAGGAGAAAGCCGAGCGAGAGAAGCAGGAGCGUCAGCAGAAGAAGAAGCAGCUGAUUGACAUGAACAAAGAAGGGGAUGAAACUGGUGUGAUGGAUAGUCUAAUGGAAGCCCUGCAGUCUGGAGCUGCCUUCCGGGAUCGGCGAAAACGGACGCCGCGAAACGGUGAUCAAAGUCCUUCCAGUCCAUCCUCUCGGUGGCCGGGUGCUAACUAUGGUAACAGAACUCUAGAUGUCGCCUCUGGGAGACGCAGACAACCGGCGUGCAGUGCUCGAAAGGUCUCGCUCACGCCACAACCCAAAUCACCAAGCUCGAUGAUUACCCGUGUCUACUACAAGACCCUAGAUAAGUGCCAAAGAGGCCUGCGAUGAUGAGGAGGAGACGGGGGAAGACAUCAGGAGGGAUAGACCACCCCUCACUGUGGCUCACACAGCACCAAGUAUGGAAAACUGCCUACAGCACGGAAUAACCAGACAUUUAGUCUUUAUUGGACACCCUACAUAUUUAUUCUCAUUUUUUUUUCUGUUGCUUAAAAACAUAUUUUGCUUUUUGGAACUGAAACUUGUUAAAACCUUUUAUUUCCGAGGUUUAAACCUAUAUUUUAAUCCAAAUGCUUCACUUAAGUCACAGUUUUUACAGGAAAGAUGCAAAAACAUUGCAGUGUGCUGCAGAGAGACAUUCUGCCAAGAAGGACUUCUGGAUACUGCAUGUUUGUUUGGAGGAACGCGGAUUUAAAGCUGUCAUUUUUAAACGAAAGACGCAUCAACAAGUCUACACAGAGGAGAGGACAGUGUAAUGUUAUUGUUUCUGUCACAUUUUAAGGUAAUUUGUUCAGUAAUAAUCACAUCUUCGUGCUCCAACAAAGCCACAGAAGCUGGCGGCUGUCCACACCAAUAUCACUGAGCUUCUGACUCACGGACGCUCAAACUGCAAGACAUUUCAGUGGAUUUGAUUUUAUGUUGUGUUGCGUAAUCUCACUUUUACCCUCCGGGUGCUGAUUUGUGUCCUGAGGUUUGCUGUUACCAUUAGAGGCUGACAUUUUUAAAUGCAUCCGACCCCCUGUAGGGGACAAACCACGAACACUCAGACCUUUCUUUAGGUCACGCAGGGUUUCAGCAAGGCAGACCUCAAUGUACUAAAGGUAUUGCAGCGUUUUAUGGCACUUUUUCAACAUCAUGGCUCUCAAACACAGAGUAUGUAAAAAGCUGAGUUUCACAGGAAACUGGAGUUUCCUAACCAGGAAAACAUCGAGCCCAUCUAAAAUGAGCUUUGAGAACAGUAAUUAUUUUAAGGAUAUUAACUAGUUAAAUUGCACAUAGAGAGUCUAAUAAACUCCCCUCCGGAUUAGAGACAGAAGUCAUUCUGAAAAUUGGCCAAUGCAAUGCUCGACGUUCUUAAUAACCCAUCAGUAAAUGCACCAUCAGAGCAACACUCUUCAGUUUGGAAGUUGUUACUGAAUGAAGAAGACUAAAAGUUUCAGUAACACUGAGGUGUUUCAAAAGGAAGUUACAAAAGGUAGAAAAAGAUUCAAGAAAGGAAACAAUUUUCUACAAGGGGGGGAUGUCAGCAGAUAACAGGAAUUAUGUAAUACAGCUGUUCAAUCUUUUUCAAGAGUCCCAAUUUUCUCUGUCGGGGAAACAUACCAACUCUUAUCAUGUAGUUUUUUUUAAAUAACAGUAAAAUCCAGUUGUGACUGCAAAGUUGUGUUACCCCAAGUGAUCUUCCUCUUUCUCUAUGUAACAUUUCAAAUGAUACUGACUGACGACAACCUAAAGCCCUGUAAUGUUUCCUUUCAUAAAUACAUAUGGACUGGAAUCCACAGUAUUAAUUAGUUGGAUUUUAUUAAUUCGUUAUCGUCCUGUAUUAUGUAAAAAGGAUACAAUCAUGGCCCCAGGGCAGACGAGGUGUAACAGGAAGCUUUGAUUGUAUGCUCCACGCCGCCUCCUUUGUUUUCCACCAACUACAGGCCUUGCUUAGCUGUCAAAAUAUGGUGGCUAGUUUUUUUUUUAGUCUGGCACACGGCAAUAUCGGAUAAGAUUUCUGUUUUAGAAAUGAAACGACCUACCCUAACUAUCAAUCGUUUGCUAAGAUUGAUAGUUAAGACUCCCUGACACACACAUCUUCCUAAAUCCUGCCACGAUUGUUAAAUCAUUCGGCCAUUUAUUGCAACUGUUUCACACGUCUAACAGCAAAAUAGUUUCUUGUAGGUUAUUUGUGAGAAAUAAACAUCGAUCAGUUUCACAGAAAUAAGAAUCGGCAUGUCCGAGCGAGAUAAAAAUCAAUCGGUGCAUCGCUGCUUCUGAUGGAUCUGUGACACAAUUCCAGCUUUGCUCUCAGAGAAAGCGUCUGACCGCAGGUUCAUUUCUCUGCAAAGACCCACUUUCACAUUUUAAUGUAAACUAUUUAUUCAUAUAUUCAAGCUAAGGGCGGCUCUGCCCCCCUCACUUCUCUAGACUGUAAGCAGAUGCUACUAAAAACAACCAUUAAAUCCACACGGAGACGGGGCAUGACCGGAAUCACAGACUGAGGGCCACAGCAGGCCGGAUGAUGCUUGUCUUAGUGAGCGAGUCUCCAAACGCCUUCCAGUUCCUGAGCACUAAUGACAUAAGUGACCCUUUUACCAUGACACAAGUUACUUUUGUAACAACAUAACUUUGCUUUGGGCUGUGUGUGUGUGUGUGUGUGUGUCUGCGCGCCUCAUGCCACCUCAGUAAUCCGAACAGGAACCCGGGGAAAAUGGGAUUCAGUGGGCUUGACUCCUGGGCUGAGUAGAUGGAGAUUUUUCAUUUAAACAAUCUGCCAGCGCGGCUUGUGAUGUGUCUGUUUCACGGAGCCUCCCCUCCCUCUGCCCGCGUGCAUCUAAAAAAUGCAAUUUUACACAUCAUCUCGGCUCGAGGUGCGCCCACAACGCUCCGAGAAGUCUGCAUAUUUAAGAAGACAAUAACUCUCGGCUGAAUAUCAGGUUGGAGCCGUCACAGAGCGAAAGCAUUGAGAAUGAGUUUUCUGGAUAAGGGGCUCUGCGGUGGCGGCAGUUUUGAGGACGUGUUGUACACAGCAGUGAUAGAGAUGCGUUGUCAAAAGAAGUGAUUUCCUCUCUGUAAUCGCUUCUCGCCCUUUGUUCUUCGCAACUCCCCACCUGGCCAAUUUUAAGGUUUGAACAAGACCCAGUUUUUGUUGUAUUUUAUGUUUUAAGAUCACAGUCCUCCAACAAACACAGACCUGCUAAGAUAUUAGGUCUUUAUCUGCCAAAACAAGCAGCUUUUUGUGUAAGUUGAUGAUUCAAUAAAAAAAAAAAAACUCACAAACCUUUUUUAAUAACCUGCAAACUGUACAGACAUCCUAAAAAGUCUUAUUUUGGUCAACAUUGAUGACCAGUGUUUUUACGUAGAAGAUUUGUGAUUAUAAGUUAUGUAUUUAUCAUCUAAUAGACCAUUUUUUAUAAUAAGUAGAGUAAUUAAUAGGGUAUUGUAGAAGUUUCCUUCAACCACACAAGCUGACAAAAAGGAAAUUUGACAUCAGGCAGGACAGUAAAACUAUGCUAAACUAGGAACUUCAAAUUAAGGAACUUCUACAGAGAAAACAUCCGUCAUUAUAGCUGUGAUUGUUGUGUCCUCAUCCCAUCGUGUCAAGUGAUCAUUGUGUUUUAAUAGGAAGUAAUAGCAGGGUCAACAAGCCUGAACUGAUCCAUUAAAGUGGUGUGAAAUCCAGCCAAUCAUUCCCUCAUCUUUGUGCUUGUCACUAACAAACCUCAGCUGAUGAUGUCACCUACAGCACCCUUAAGUAUCUAUACCACAUUUAAAACCAUAUACUUCAGAGUAUGUUAUUGGAAUUUUUGAUAAAGACGAAGCAGUGCAUAAUUGUGAUUGUUUUAAAAUAAAAUUCCUUGCAAACUAUUAAACUAAACAGAGGCGAGAAAACAUAUCAGCUUCCAUUCACUACUACUGGGCCAUAACAUAAAAUCCCAAUAACAAUGCAUUGAGGUUUGUGGUUGUAAUGUGAUGAAUUGCGAAAAGGUUCAAGGGGCAUAAUAGUUUUGCAAGCCCCUGUGUGUUUAUGGUAAUCAUGCAACUGAGGAGGCAGGGGUAUGAGGGUAUGCAGGGGUAUGAAGUGCAAAGGUGCCCGUUCUGCUUUGCUUAGGGUAAAUCCGAUCACUCGCUGACUGUGCACUUUACAAGAUUUUCUGCUCAGACAAAGGAAAGAUUUGUUCCAAGAUUUCUAAAGGCAACAUAGCCUCCGACAGAGUGAACUGUUUGCGAAGCAUGUCUUCUGGUAAACAGUUACCAGUCGCCACAUAUCCACUUCUUCCUACUUUGACGGAGUUUGUUGUGAUUUGAUGAAGUUCGGCUGCGCCUGAAUCAACAAGCGAAGCUGAUUUUUUUUUUGUUGUUGUUGACCAACCCCGUCUGACCGUGAUGCAUAAGCUGCCAUAUCCCUGCCUACCUUCCUUUUAUUUGUCACUGAGUAUGUUUUAUUGUCUUAAGAAACAUUUAUAUUUUUAACAUUUUGAGGUUAUUUGUAUGCUUAGGAACAUGGGGAAAAACAAAAUGGUUAUGAAGACUGUCCUUCCAUAGAAUAUGUAAUGGAGAAUGGUACUUAAUUAUAACCACUUUGUUAUAUAAACUGAUUUCUGAAAACAAAAA